GUGACUCGUGAGUGUGAUUGCUGAAUUUAUAUUUUUUGUGAUUUACCGUUUAUUUGAUACUUGUACAUUCUAUUCUCGAAGCAAAGGUGUUUUAUCUAUUAAAUAUAAACCAAUAUUAAAAAAUGUCGUCGUGGAAAAAAGCCGCAAAGGCUAACCAAAAAACACAUCGAGAGCGGCAUCAACCAGAUUCUCGUAAACAUUUGGGAUUACUAGAAAAGAAGAAAGACUAUAAGAAAAGAGCAGAUGAUUAUCAUCAAAAGGGCGAAACGCUUAAGCUUAUACGUAAACGGGCGCUCGAUAAGAAUCCAGAUGAGUUUUACUUUCACAUGAUCAAUUCUAGGGUGAAGGAGGGAGUACACCAUGAGUUAGAAAAAGAUGAUGAGCAUUCAGUAGAACAAAUUAAGUUGAUGCAAACUCAAGAUAUAAAAUAUAUCAAUAUGAAACGCACUAUAGAAAGUCGCAGGAUCCAGAGGUUACAGUCUCAGCUGCAUAUGACUGAGAUAGCAGACUCUACAUCUAACACGCACAUGUUUUUUGUGGAUGAAGGAGAAGAGAAAGACUUUGAUAUUGCCAAAAGACUGGACACACAUCCUGCACUUAUCAACAGGAAAUCAAAUAGACCCCGCCUUUCAGACCUAAAUAAGUUAAGCCUGCCAGAAAUUGAUGAGAAGACACUCCAAUCAGCCAAGAAAGCUAAGGAACAAACCUACAAGGAAUUGUCAAAGAGAAUAGAUAGAGAAAAGCAUUUAACAGUGACUCAACAGAAAAUGGAACUAAAACGGCACCUCCACGAUGCUAAAUACAUGAAACCUAAGAAAGUACAGAGAGGUACAGCUGUAUCAGCACCAGUUUAUAAGUUUCAAUACAACAGAAAGAAAUAAAACACACUUUGUUGGAAAUCUGUAGUAAUAAAUAUUUAAAUUUC